AUGCAAGAUCCUUGUGGUGGAAUCAUCUCAUCAUUUUGGUAUCGCAUAAACUCACCCGGAUUUCCAGAUCAUUAUGGAAACUACAUAAACUGCAGUUGGAAUGUCAUCGUGCCUCCAAAUUUUACCACAGUUCUAUCAUUUACUACAUUCAACCUGGAAGAAAACUAUGACUAUCUUUUUUUGUAUAAUGAAACUGCAACAGAUUCUAAGCUGAUCGCAGCAUACACUGGAAACAAUAUUCCUCGUAAUGUCAAUUUGGUGAAAUCUUUGUUUUUGGGGUUUCUCAGUGACUCUAUAAAAUCGUUUGAAGGCUUUUCUUUACAUCUACAGAGAUAUCAAGGUUAUCUUCCCAAAUUUAGAGAAUCUUUAGAUGCGAAUGAUAACCGUUUGGUAGUCGCAGAAGGGCGUAAUGUUACUUUGUCCUGCGACGCUGUAGCUAUGCUGGAGCCUUCUUUCUUAUGGUGGAAGGAUGGUGUGGCAGUCACACGAACUAAUCUUCCUUAUUCUACUGGUCAUGUUUUGACGUUUGCAAGUGUCAAUAAAUCAGACUCCGGUUGGUACACGUGUGAAGCAAGAAAUGCUAUCGGAUCGAUUCGAAAAAUAUUCGAACUAUUAGUAUAUGAGACGGGAUCUACACUAAAACCAACUCAAACAAAGCUUUCUGACAUCGCCAGUCUUAGCACAGACAAGAGCAAACAACUCUCUCAAGUAGCUGUGGCGGGAAUAUCUGCGGGCGCCACUGCAUUAGCUGCAACAAUAAUAUGCGCAAUAUUGCUGCGCAUUGUGAUAUUGCGUAUACAGCAAACUCGUAAUGGACAGGGUACCAAUGAAGACACCGGCAAUAUACGACGGAGCGGACACAUUAAUCCCGUAUUUGACAAAAGCCACAACGACAGUGAAGCUCAUUCGGACUAUGAAACUAUUGGUUUACGCGGACCGAUCUAUUUGCCUUCAUUGCCUGCUCCUCCCCUUCCAGACAAAGAAAUUUCAGGCACAAAGAUACAAAAUGCUUCUUCCAAAAUACAUCAAGCAGACGAGGCUACUAACGACGUCGUCUACUCUAACGACGACGACAUCAAUGAAACGAGCAAUGAUGAGCCAACUGCUAAUGCAGUUUACGUUGACACCAUGUAAGAAUACUCUUGUCGUAUAUUGUUCUAAUAACUCACUGCGUUGGCUUUUGCACAUUAUAUAAUAGGAAAGUAUAGAACACACAUGAUUGCGCGAAUGAUGAGUAUGAUAAAAGUAGCUUAUAUAUUUCUUUCAAUAACACUUUUUUCCAUCAGUGCAUUUUAACCUUAUAGUUUAAUAAUUGAAAGUAAUUGUUUGAGGUUUCUGUGUAG